AUGUCGACCGCAAGCAUAACAGACUUGGCCAAAAGCAUCCUGGAAAAUGCCCAGAAAGUCGAGGAUUACCUCAAAGCAAACAACCUCCCACAGCCAUCAUUCGACGAGCAUUCGCCACCAGAGCUACCUCUAUCCCCGGAGAUGCAACAGAUCAGACAGAACGCGGUGGAUGCCGCCAUGGACCUCGAAGCCCUGCUAAUCGGACCCGUCAUGCAACUCCGUCCAGUGGUACGCGGCAGUCAUUCGAACAGGAAAUCUGCGAAUCCACAAGAUGCUGAUUGAGACCCGCAGUUGAACGGCGCCAGCUUGAACGCCAUCUACAAAUUCGACAUCGCGACCAAAGUCCCCCUGGACGGCCAGAUCUCCUACGAGGAGCUCGCCCCGAAAGUCGGCAUCAAACGCACAGACCUGCAACGCAUAGUUCGAUUCGCCGUGGUGCAUCAUCAUGUCUUCCAGGAGAAAACGGUGGGAAUGGUUUCUCAUUCCGCAGCUUCUCGCUACCUCGCCGAGAGCGAUAUUGCUCGCGCCGGUCUGGGUUUCAUGUUCGAUGAAUGCUAUCAGUCUUUCGCUCAUACCGUUGAGGCGAUGCAGAAAUAUGGAGACCCAGAGCCGAAUCAAUGUGUAAGCACUCCGCAAGGACAGACUGAGUUGCUGAGCUGAUUGCUUUCGCUAGGGAUGGGCUCUGGCCAUGAAAGCCGAUGUUCCCAUGUGGGAAUAUCAUGGCCAACACCCGGAGCUCGGAGAACGCGCUGGCAAGGCGAUGGCUUCUUUUACCAAGGGUACCGGCCACGAUAGCACCGCGUUGACCCGCGGCUACGACUGGACGGUAAUCAAUGCCAAGGGAGGCACACUCGUCGAUCUCGGCGGCGCAGACGGCCACGUAGACGCAGACAUUGCCCGCCUCAACCCCGGCAUGCAGUUCAUCGUCCAGGAGAUCCCCGAAGUCCUAGGCAAAGCCAAGAGCACAGUCCCACAAGACGUAGCCGGUCGGUUGACCUUCGCCGCCCACGAUUUCUUCCAACCCCAACCGACAUCCGCCGACGCAUACCUCUUCCGGCAAAUCUUUCACAACUGGGGGGACAGGCAUUGUGUCCAGAUGCUACGUGCGCUCAUUCCGGCUUUGAGACCUGGUGCCAAGGUCAUCGUCAACGACAAUAUUUUGCCACCGCCUGGCGUUCUGCCCCCUUCGGCCGAGAGGGCUGUGCGAUCUAUCGAUAUGAUCGUCAUGAGUCUUUUCAAUGCACGAGAGCGCAGUAAAGAGGACUUUGAAGCGGUAUUUGCUGAAGCAGAUCCGAGAUUCCAGCAGGUCAAGGUGUGGACGCCCGAAGGGUCGCAAAUGGGGUUGGUUGAGGCGACCUGGAGUGGGUAG